AUGCCUCGGCAGACUCGAGUCGAAUUUAGUCUCGAUGGUAGCCAAGACAAUCCGAGCCUUCUUACGUCACGCAAGACUAGGCUCGAAGACUGCCCGGCCGAGUCACCAAUCGAAACGGCCGGAGAGUCAAGCGCAGUCGGAUCGGUACUUUGUGAAGGAGACGUGAGAAACCGAGUCAAAUCUCGAAACCGGGUCGUGAGGACGCAUACGUAA